AUUAAAUGUAAUCCCAAUCAAUAGGAAAUGUAUAUAGUAUUUAAAAAUUUUAGGAUAUUAUGGAAUUGUUUGAUGUGAAUACAUAUGGGGAAGGGUAAACAAGAAACUGUGGAUCAUGUUAUAAACCACCAACAUAUGAAGAAAUUGAAGAGGGAAUUAAGAACCAAAAUAUCAAAUUGAUACCUAAUGACAAAGAAAAAUUCUUUGAACUUAUACUAAAAGAAUAAGUUAUAUAUAAAAUUAAUAUGAUUAGUAAGUGAGAUUGGAUAAGAAUGUUUAAGACUUAUAUGGAUAAAUGAAUUACUCAGGAGCUGUUGAGGAAUUAAUUCAUUCAGAAAUAUUUAAACAUUUUGGAUAUGAUGAUUGUCCUUUAAAUCAUAAAUUAUACUAUGCUUUGACUAGAAAAUACAUUAAUGAUCCUGAAUUAAAGAAAUAAGUAUUCUUUUGGAGAAAUAAUGUAAUGCAUGGAUGUAAAAUUGGAUUAUAUGAAUAACCACCUGAAAUUCCAUUAUUGAAUUUGAAUAAUGAGAAAGUGUUUCUUUAAGAAUUAAUGUUAAAUAGUCAUAAAGAGAAUAAACUUCUGGUUGUAUUUGGUGGUAGUAUAACAUGACCUCCUUAUCGUGAAG